AGAUUGCUGGGAAACGAAACUGAACCGGGUAAUAGAUCGCGUCGCCGAAGUGCGAGUUUACACUCAUCCGUAGAAGAUGACGAAUAAGGACGUUCUACGGCAAUAUCAGACAUAUAUCACAAAUAUUAUCCAGCCAUCAUGUAUACUACCCCUGGUUGAAUUUCUGAAUGACCAUGAGGGUCAAAUCCAGACCGUAGAGGACCAAAAGGGCCUGACCGAGGCAGCCACUCUGAUGAUGUCAUUGAUUUAUGACCUCCCAGAGACCCAAGGCUGGUUUCGCAUGCUCCUGGAUGGCUUCAGCAAUGCAGGUUACUCUACCCUUGCUGAAGCCAUUGAAUCCAAUGACUUUGCUGACAUAGAGAAGGCAGCAAUUCACAAAGAGGAGGUGAGGAAGCUCAGGGUCAUGCUGGCGAAUCAGCUAAAGCCCCUGGACAUUCUGCCAUACAUGCAUGAGGUACUGCUGCCAUCCCAGAGGGAGAGGGUUGAGCGGAUAACUGAACUGAAGGGAAUGGUGCGUGGAACUCAUACACUGCUGGAUUUCCUGCUCAGAACAGAUAAUCCCCGGUGGUACAGUUGCUUCCUGGAUGCCCUGAGGAAGGGUAGAUUUGAUCAAGUGGUGAAUGUUCUGGAUGACCAGAAUGGCAAUGCAUCUGAGCAAAGUGGUGUUGAUGGCAAGGAAGAGGCAUUGGAGGAAAUGGAAAUUUCUUUCAGCGAGGAAGCAGGUCCCUCCAAUCUCUUUGCCAGUGCAGAUGCUGGAAAAGAUGGGUGCCAACCAACAUCAAACUAUGAUGCGCCUUCUUCUGUGGCACUGCGAAACUACCAACUAGAAUUAGCUGAACCAGCUCUGAAGGGCAAGAACACUAUUAUAUGUGCUCCAACAGGCUCAGGGAAAACGAUGGUUGCCAUGGAGAUCUGCAGGCAUCACUUGGAGCAGAGCACAGAGGAGAGGGGGCGGAAAGUAGUGUUCCUGGCCAACACUAUCCCACUGUGCCAACAGCAGAUGGAAAUGUUUCAAAAGUACUUUGAGAACACAGACGUUGGAGUGACCGGUCAUUUUGGGGACGAUGCCAACCCAAUAGCUAUCCGUGUUUCAGUGGAGACUUGUGAGAUCAUAGUGAUGACACCAAAGCUUCUUGAGAUUAACCUUCAAGAUGGAACAAUCCCUGGACUCUCAACAUUCACCCUCAUUUUCUUUGAUGAAUGCCACCACACCAUGAAGAACCACGCCUAUAAUGCAAUCAUGAAGAUGUACUUGGACAUCAAGCUGGGUCAUGAACCAACACCACUCCCACAGAUUGUGGGUCUGACAGCCUCUGUUGGAGUGGGCAAGUCCAAGAAUGAGCGGGAUGCCAGAGAGCACAUCUACCAGUUGUGUGCCAACCUGGACACUGACACCAUCUCCACUGUGAGACAGAAUGAGGGAGAGCUUAGUUCCCAUGUCUUUGUUCCAGAUAAAGAUACUAGAAUUGCCAAGCGCCGUGUCGCCAACCCUUUCAUGGAUAUUGUGUUGGAACUGAUGGCCCAUGUAGAAUCCCUUGCAAACAAUACCUACAACAUUGACUCCCUGUCCAAGAUCCCACGUAGCACACGUGGGAGCCAGUCUUAUGAGCAAUGGAUUGUGGAGGUCCAGAGGAACUGCAAGGUUCUGAGGCUGGACAAUGAGGAUGAAGAGAAAAAGGUCUGCAGAAAGCUGGUGACCUGUGCAGAGCACCUUAGGAAAUACAACGACUGCCUGAUCAUAUCAGAAGACGCUCGGGUAAAAGAUGCUUUCAAAUAUCUGCAGGAGCAUUUUGACAACUUGGAUCCAGAAUAUUUCGAUGAGACUGAUGAGAAACUGGUGAACUAUUUCGAAGAGAAGAAGGCCAAGUUGAAAAAUGUUGCGAAUGACAAUGGUAUGGACAAUCCCAAGCUGUCCGAGCUGCAGCUGGUCUUUGAGGAGCAGUACAGGUUCAAACCUGAAACUCGCACCAUCCUGUUUGUCAAGACCAGGGCACUAGCAGAGGCAAUUAAAGAAUGGGUUUUGGAAACACCUACUCUAACUCAUCUCAGACCAAAGGUUCUCAUUGGACGUAGAAAAACUGACAAAGUUGAAGGAAUGUCCCUGUCCAAUCAGAAAGCCGCCCUGGACGCCUUUCAGGAAGGUGGCAGCAAGCUGCUGAUUGCCACUUCUGUGGCAGACGAGGGCAUCGACAUUGCCAGCUGCAACCUGGUACUGCUCUAUGACUACGUGGGCAAUGUCAUCAAAAUGGUGCAGACCAGAGGCCGUGGCAGAGCAAAGGACAGCCUCUGCAUCCUGAUCACCAGCAACUCAGAAAGUGCCACUAAGGAGCAGAUCAAUAUCAUACAUGAGAAGAUGAUGUAUGAUGCUAUAAAGAGCAUACAGAGAAUCGACCACACCCAGUUCCUGGCCAAGGUGAACAAAAUGCAGACAAUCAUGAAGAAAACAUACGAUAUCGAGAGACAGAUGGCCCAAAUCAGGAGUCAGGAAACGGACCCCUUUGUGCUGCUGUGCGGAAAAUGCCGAAAAUUUGCAUGCAAUACAAAAGAUAUCAGAGUCAUUAAGAACGCUCACCGGGUCGUCAUCAACAAAGAUUUCAUCGACCUCUGCAAUGUCACACCGCACCCGAAACCAAAGAAAUAUGAUGAUAUGGAAAUGAAACGCAAGAUAGCCUGCAAAGACUGCAACCGUGACUGGGGCAUCAUGGGGUCAUACCUGGGGCUUCCUGAAGUGCCCCUCCUCAAAACAGAGGGCUUUAUCUUUGUCAACAGUCGCACCCAGAGCAGACCGAAAGUGAAUAAAUGGCAGGACUUUCCAGGAGUCAUAGAAGAGUUCAACAUCCUGGAUAUUAGUACUGCACAGGGAAAAGGAGUGUAGUUCCAUGAAGUACAGUAGCUCUCAUAUUAUUCACCAAUCGUGUCUUAAUUAAUUCUGACUUUGAAAUUAUAUUAUUCAUGAGUUCACGUGGUAAUGGGAAUACAGGUGGGAAAUACAGGCAGCAUUAGCCUUUGGUACUGAUAUAAUGACUUUUUAUUACUCUGGUAUAUCCUGCUUUAUCAUUGAAUGUUUGACAAUCAUUCUACAUUCAUUUGUACUAGUGUCAUUUUAUUUGCACUUAGUAUAUUUUGUUCAGAUUUUUUGUCGUAUUCAAUCUUGUUUUUACAAAUCGUCUUUUCCAGCAUCAUUUUGUAUUUUCACUUUUUGCAUCUUGUUGAUGAUACCACCCUGUUAUAAUUUUCUGUUAAGCACUUGAGGCUGUAUGAAAUGUGCUGUAUCAUGCACCUUUGUAUUUUGAAUGAGCAUUCAUAAGUAGCUAAAUUCUUUAGACAAGUACAACUUUAAUGGAGUUAAACUACAGGGGCACACUAUAAUUUUAGAAUGACCUUGGUGUGAAUGAUGUCAAUAUUCAGUGGAACGAAACAAAUCAUUGUGAAUAAAAAUGCAACUGAAAUGUUAGGGAAUUGUAAUUCAGCUCACUUUUUAAAUCAGCCCCUGUGUGGGAAUGUGUAGACUGCCUCGGGGCACGUGGCCUGCCCUGUUGAGCAGGACUGUUAGAUGCUGGUUUGUAUUCCAGGUGUGUGCGGGUCUGGAAUGGAUGGCUGCAGUGUUGCUGUGCCGGUCUGAGUCUCCCAACGACGCAGCAGACAGCUGCGUGACCUUUAUUUACCUUAACUCUCUAGCACUGCCUCACUGCACGUCGUCCUUUCUAAACCAGCAGGGAAAAAUCUACAUCAUGAACAGCAUUCUUUUUUUCCUGUCACACAGAGAGGGAGAAUGUGGUUAGCAAGCCACAGUAAAAAAAAAAUUAACAAAAGCAGUCAUACAAAAAGAACAUCUUAACAUGAGCUAUUUACUCCAUUUUGUACUCUUAAGAUUUCUGGAAUGUGUAAAACACAUGUACAAUAGCAAUACCCUAAUCUGUUAUAGCCUUAACAAUGGGUUUGAUUUUUGAUAAAGCAUUUAAUAUAGAUAUGUAAUAUGUGCAUAAAGUGCAAGAACAUUUGCUUGUCUGACAGCCAGGGCUGCUCAGUAGCUUGUAGUGUGGUCUGUCUGUCGCUAGGCAGAACGCAGCAGCCUCAUGUGAACUUGCUGGGGGAAGUAAUAACUACAGUGUCUCUGUGGUGCAGAUACUGUUGAGCUGUGCGCAGAAUUUUAACAGACGGCUCUUAAUUUUUUAUUACUCAUGUAUAAAAUCAUGUAUUAUGCAGAAUGAUCAGUUGGACAGUCACAAGAAAUAAAAGCAUGCAAUUAUA